AUGGGUAUUGAAAUUGUCGAAUGUGUUGACAGUUCUGUCACUAGCUUAUUCCAACGGGAGCAUUUUCAGGUACAGACCCUCAGCACGGCCUAUCCUUUCGGACUUGAUGAUUGCAUUACGGCUUACGGCAACAUAUCAGGUGGAUUGCUUCCAUUCAGUAUGGGGAAAAACCCAUACUUCCAAGCACCGUUACCUAGGAAAUGUCGUAAGCGCGGAAACCGCAGACGAAGAAAAUGCUCCGGCGACGCGUUGCUACUGAUGUAUUGCCAUUUGCAAAAGCUUGCAUUCUACAAGGUUUCUUACUUUUCCGACUAA